AUGGAAGACAACGCCGAGCUCGAAUCGUUCCGCCAACAGUGGCGCGAGGAGGUCACUCGUCGAUCAAGACCCAAGGCUACCCCUCCGGCGGCCCCGACUCGGACUGCCCCGCCUCCGUCUCGUCUUCCGCCCACACGCCAUGAGGCCUCUCACCGCAAUGAGGUGGAGGAAGAGGGUCCCCCUCUGGCCUCCUUCGACCCCGAUGAGCUGGCUCAACAAGUCGGAGAACUAAGCGUAGAGCCAGCUGCUGAGGAUUUCUCUCGUCGAGAUCUAUCGGAACCGACAUCUGCUCUAGAGCAUUUUGAACGGGCAGUUGAGAAGGAGGCUGAGGGCAACUUGGGUGACAGUCUCACACACUACCGGAAAGCAUACAGGCUUGAUUCUGCAGUCGACAAGUCCUAUCGCAACAAGCAUUAUUCCCACGUAUGGAAAAGACCGAACCAGCCCACACCCGCCCCAGCAGCAACGAUCCCUACACAGCCCGCAGAGGUAGAGACCGUGCCGACAUCUGAGCUCAUCGCUUCAUUUUCACAUCUCCCGAUUGCACAGGCAGAGCCAAUUGUUGAAAAUACACCAGCGCCGCCAUGCCCGAUCGCGGCCGUGCCUUCGGAAGUCAUUGUGGAAAUUCUCCGCCAUGUCGCUUUGGAUGACCCAUCGGCAUUUGGCCGGAUGGCACUGGUGUGCAAACGCAUGGCCUAUCACUUUGCACAUGAGCAGCACAUAUGGAAGCGAAUCUGCCAGGCCUCAACAUUCGGCUUUGGUGGAAUGCAUUAUGACUUUGUAUGCGACUUGAUCGGGCUUCCGAUCUACACGCUUGGCCCACGAUACACUCCAUUUCCAAAAGACGAGCCUGUAGAGGUUCCCCAUCCGCUGUCACGCUGGAGCCAAGUAUUCCAAACCCUUCCCCGGAUUCGAUACACCGGAGUCUACAUCAGCACCGUCAAUUAUACUCGGCCUGGUGCUACCGCUGCCUACUCGAACGUCUCAUGGAACAGUCCUAUUCACAUUGUGACUUACUACCGAUACUUACGGUUCUAUCCGGACGGCUCGGUUAUUUCCCUUCUCACUUCUACCGAGCCAGUUGACGUGGUUCCUCACAUUAGCAAGGAGAACGUGAUGACCGCGCGUGCCCCAGCAAACCGCAAGCAUCAGCGCCACAUCUCUGACCAGGGCCAGUCGUUAUCAGGAGCGACUGAUCCAGUGCCAGCCGUCGCUAUGGCCACAUUGAAGCAUGGCCUUCGCGGACGUUGGCAUUUAGCCUCGCCAGUUGAUACAUCUGAAACCUCGGAUCUGGCCUGGAAGCCCGAGUCUGGAUCCAGCGAAAAGCCCCUUCUUUCGGAUGAGCGAGAUCUCAUUGUUGAAACAGAGGGCGUCGAUCCCAAGUACAUGUACACCAUGCAUCUUUCUCUACGUUCCUCAACGGUCCCUAAAGCCGCCUUGGCUGGGCCGGCUCCUCCCAACCCGUCCAAGAAUACAAAGCUGGCCUGGAAGGGAUUCUGGAGUUACAAUAGAAUGACCGACGAUUGGGGCGAAUUCGGUCUCCGUAACGAUAGAGCAUUCGUGUUCCGCCGUGUGCGCGGCUGGGGAUUGGAUUGA